GGUUCUUGGACGACCUACAAGUAACCUUGUACUGUCGCAAAAAUUUAAGUACGGUUUAGGUAAGUUAUGUUUGUUCUGCUACCUAAUUCUAGAUACCAAGUCCUCAUGACUUUUUUUCAGAAAAGAUUGGUUUCUAUAUUCCUACUCUCCAUAAAGACACCGUAUGGAACACAUCUGUGUUUCAUCCCCCUCUCAAUUUGACACAGUAAAUUCAUUAUUUCAGUCUUUAGUAGUGAAUACAGGAAGUCUAUCGACCUACAUUAAUCCUUGCAUUUUGUAACACAGUGGUAGUUAAUGUCGUUUUUACUACACCAACAGAAGGUGCUGACUGACAGUGCGCACUAUUUAAAAAGGACAGUGACAUGUCACUGUCAUAUGAUUCCUCGUUGAGUUAAAUUUACUGUUUUGAUCGUAAAUUAAGCAUCAAAACUUUAGUUGAACUUACUUCAGUUUAAGUGAUAUUGUACUUGCAUUUAUUGACUUUGCUUAUGUGUAUUUAUUGUAUCAAAGCAUACCUGGUCGACUUCGACUUGAUUUAUUCGGUUAAGGCUUGAAUCCCACUGCCAAAAAAGGUGCUCAAAGCCUAACUCCUAUUGGCUCUGUAUGUUUUAUUAUUCGAGCAAAAAUUACUCACCCUAGAGGCAAUUAGCAUUCUGGCGUUGGCUAAAAAAAGAUUGUUGAGGGCUGUACGGCAGCAUGUGUACUGAUAGCGAAGAAUACGUCAGUGUCGUGAGCGCUUUCACGGAACAUACCAGAUACCCGACUGUGCAACACUCAGUAGAGAUUUCUAUUCCGAAACAAUUAAUGGGCGACAGACCACUAGGUGCUGGUGGCCAAGUUGCUACAGCAGCGACUGAUGCCCCAGACGAAACUGUUAUAGUGUGGAUGCUGCGACUGGUGGGGAAUGAAUGACCAGAAAACUGUCCACCAUGAAUAACUAAACAGGUUGAGAAACUUCUUAGACGUAGGAAAAAACAUUGGAGUAUGCUUGUAAAGCAUUGAUAAGUAAGAUUAGACAGUCACAUGAAAAACAUUUUGAUAGGGAUUGAAAACGUAGUCCCAGAAGGUUAUUCUCGUAUAUGAAGAGGAGAACUCACAGAACUGAUAGAAACCCAUCACUUUUGGUACAAGAAAAUAUGUUGAUAUUGGCAACAGACGAUGCCGAGAAAACGGAAGCUUUAUCAGAAUAUCUUAAUAAAAUGUUUUCCACCGGCAAUGAGGGAUGACCACCAAUUAAUCGUGAUCGGGGCGGCUUGUCGAUGGGUCUUGUAGUUAUUGGGAAAGGAAUUGUCUUAAGAUUACUUCAACAUCUCAGGCCAGAUAAGUUUGGUGGUCUUGACGAUAUUCGUCUUAGGACUAUGAAAGCCCCAUCGGUUGUAAUUGCUGGACGUAUGACCAUAUUGUUUGGUAUGUCCUUGCGGCAGUUCGGACUGCCAAGAGACUGAAAAAAUGCAAUUAUCAGUCCGGUGUGUAUGGUAAGGAGCAGAAACUUAGUAACUGUCGAUUCGUUUGUCUAACCAGUGUAGUCAAACCAAUGGAAAAGAUUAUUCGGAUGACCAUUUCGAACUAUUUAAAAGGGCACAAUUUUUAUCCAGGGAAUAUGGUUUUAUGAAAGGCUUAUCAUGCUUGACAAAUCUGCUCAUUGCAAGAGAAGAGUGUGAUACAGCUAAACAUAUAAAUAUUCCUGUAGAUGUGAUUUUCAUAGAUCUAGGUAAAGCCUUUAACAAGGUCUCUCAUCGGUGUUUUAAAUUAAAAGUGGAAAGUCUUGAGAUGCAUUAUGAAAUGAUGGAAUGAAAUAAUAAUAAAACUAGUAAAGUGAUUUUCUUAAUGAUAGGAGACUGUGAGUGGGGGUAAAUGGAACUUUCUCGGUAUGGGAAUCUGUAAAACGUGGGGUUUCCCAGGGUAUAAUCCUUGGUCCUUUCCUCUUUGUACUUUAUGUGAGUGACUUAUUAACUGUGGCAAAGUCACCCGUUUUACUGUCACCGAUGACAUGAGGGUUCGGAGGCCCACAUACAGUAUGUCAGAUAGAAUAAUAUUACAGGGUGACCUCAACUCACUGAUUGCAUGGAUGAGCAAGUGGCCAUUAGAAAUCAACUCUAACAAGAGUAUGGUGGUGCAAAUACAUAACUCCGACGAUUCAUAUCACUACAUAGUAUGUAGAGUUGUGUUACCUAAACUAAUGGACUAUAAAGAUUAAGGAGUAGUGAUAAACAGAAACCUCAAAACUACGAGUAACUGCAAGGUUACCACUGUCAUGAGCUAUUCGUAAGUCAUUUCAUUACUUGGACGAAGAAAUGUUUAGGGUAUUAUACCCGACUUACGUGAGACCGUAUUUGGAAUAUGGGAUUCAAUCAGCGAUUUCUUGUUUCAAGUAUGAGGUAGAUAUUAUAAAACGAGUUCAACGACGGGAAAUCAAAAUGGUAAAAGGUCUCUCUGGCCUAUCCUAUGAAGACAAAAUGAGACACCUACACCUAUUUCCGUUAUCUUACUGCAGAUUACAGGGUGAUCUAAUAUUGACUUGUCGUAUACUGAACGAUGACCUUGGUAUUACUAUUUAUUUAUUUAUUUGAGUACAUAAAUAUUGGUACAAGAGAGAGCCAAUAUAUAUGCGCCACACAAAGCGUGGUUUCAGAAAAACUGCUUCAGUACUCAUAUUCGGUGGUAACAUACAAUUUUCAACCGGACAGUGACUCGAGAACGUUUAGAUACAGUCGAAUUUCCACCAUAGACGAGCUGCUGUAUAAGUCGAAAGAAAUAAGUAUAGACAGAGUAGAAAUAAAAGAGGGUGAAUAAUGAUGUAGUAAAUAAUAAUGACAAUAAUAAUAAUAAUUUGAAUCAUUUGAUUGUUAGUUGAAGCAAGAAAAGUAGUUUCCAUAAUUAUAGGCGGUCCAUCAUUUGUGUGUGGGCUGUGAUACUGCCCGGGUGCCCAGACAGAAGCAGGUGGUUAUCUUAAGGAGCCACACCCCGAGCCUAAAGGUCUAACCCACAAGGCAGUGGAGCAUCGUAAGGAAAUGCAGUCCCAUGGUAGCCGGUGACCAACGAUUGGUUCAUACGCCAUUUGUUCCCGCAGGAUACUGGAGCCCAUGUGCACCAUUGAUUUGGAAUCCGAUUAAAGCGCGGGACAUUCGCUUUUCGUCCUCUCAUUUUCGUGAACAACACCCCCGCCACGAGAAGGCAGUGAGUAGGACUUCCCUGGCAGAGGCUGUAUACGCGUGGCCGUGUGAGAGUAUUUCGAGAGGUAGGGCGAACCCACCCCUUCUCGGCCACACCAGGGCAUUUGGGGGCAUAUAUACUGAACGAUGACCUUGGUAUUAAUGUAUCUUAUCUUUUCAUUCCAUCUAAGAUUGAUCAUCUGAGAGGACAUUCUAAGAAAGUUCCAAACCCGAGAUCAAUUCGUUUAUGUUUUGAGUUCCGCUUCUCGAACCGACUAGUGAUCUACUAGAAUUGUCUACCAGAAUACAUAAUAUCAGCACCUUCUGUUGAUAUAGUCAAAACGAGAUUAACCUCCCUAGUGUUUCAAAUUGCAAGGAUUGAUGUAGGUUGGUUUACCUCCUGUCCUUAUUUUUAGAGACUCGCGUUAAAUGCGACUUAAACAUCAUAUGCUGUCGCAUUGUGACCGGUGUUCUCACGACAGAAAGUUUGGAUUAAAUGUGUUAUAUUUGAAUUAGCCCCAUGUUAGGACGUAUAUCUGAGUCUUGAUAUUAUCUGUCGAGUAUACUAGAUUUUGGUUUACUUACCUUUUAGAUAAUCUUUUUCUGCUCGUAAAACUGUCUCCCUUUGCUCCAAGGGAGUAAUAGGAAACAAAAUCACCAAGUGAUAGAAAAGCUCGGUUCCCGUGGACCGAUAUAAUGUCACUUUCAGCUGCUAUUGACAAUGAAACAUCGUGAUCGAAACCCAGUAUACGGACCAAAAGUUGUACCUCGACUUGCUCAGGCGUCAUCCCGACCAGUACAUACAAAUACAAGAUCUGACUGUUAUUAUUGCAAUCGCUUCGGAAAAUUGGCACGCAAAUGUGGUCAUAAUGAUGCUUUCUUGUCCAAAAAAUCAGCAGCAAACAGAUUUGGGGCUCAAUGCAUUCAAAAUGAAAAUAUAGUCCAAAGAACAAACUUAAAUAGGGCAGUUAUUCCAUCUGCGCCUCCUCCUUCAUCAUUUCCUGUACCUGGUUUACCUCCGACUCCUCCACCUACUUAUCAGGAAAGCGUCUUUUUACCACUUCCUCCAGAAUACGAAGAAAGACUGCCAGAAGUUAUUGUUACACAACCACCUGCAACUGUAUUCAAAUGGAAUCCGGUGGCUAUGACAUGUCCUUAUUGUCAUCAUAUUAUUGUUACUAAAGUGAGGUCCGAGUCAGGACUAUUGGCUUGGUUACUUUGUGGAGUUAUGUUUUUAACUGGAUUAUGGCUCUUUUGUCUCAUUCCUUUCUAUUUGAAAUCAACACAAGAUGUUGUCCAUAUUUGUCCACUUUGUAAAUCACAAUUAGGUAGUUAUAAACCAUUGUGAAUAGGUAAACACAAUGAAAAAACUUACUCAUCUACAUUCUCAACAAAUACAUCAUGAAUUUUUUGUCUAUACUGGUGAUAAUUUAUUGCUCAUUCUUCAUUUUUGUUAAAACAAUAACUGUUUUGUAUUUUGUUAUUAACAGUAUUAAUAUUGUUUAACAACCAAUUAACGACAAACUGAUUGGUUGUCAUCAUCGUUAAUUAUCAUUCCAGAUUGUCGUGAAUAUUUUAUUUUGAUUGCAUAAAUUUACAAAUAUGUGCACCUACAUUCGCCUUCUACAUUUUCUUUGACUUGCUUUAUAUGUAUAUAUAUAUAUAUUGUAUAUCUUAGUUUCAGACAAAUGAAUAGUAAGUAUCAGUACCUCCUAGAAAGAAAUAGAGAUCAAAUGUAUGCCUAAUUCACUAAGUUGCUUGUAUUCCAUUAUCACCAGUUGGACAAUGUUAGAUCACGAGCUUGCUAUCUAUCCAAAUGCAGGUUAACUGACAAUAUUCGAGAAUACUAUCCAGUUGUUAAUGAGUCAAGUAGUUUUUUUUUUAGAAUACUGAUAGAUUUCUUAAAUAUCUAGUAAGAGAAUUGAAUGGUUACCUGUUAACAAUAGGUAUAUAAGAGUACUGAGCCAUAUAUGACAUGUGAUUACUUAAAAAAUAAAUGAGCAACGAAUUCCAGGAAAAGGGCUGAAAUAUUCAGGCUUCAACUUUGAAUCUCUUCCUUAAUUCUUAAUUACUUUCGUGUAUAAUCCUGAAUUUGUAUUUCUACUAACUUGCCGCUUCUUGUAUGUUGUAAAUUUCCGUAUUAAUAACGAAACAUGUUAAUAAAUAGAGGUAUAAUGUUAGGCUAAUGGAAAAGAAAUUUAAAGCAAUUAGUCCCUUUGACAAAUUUCGAUAGUGUAAUAAGAUGAAGAUUAUCAGAACUAUGUGAUAUAUUAGCGCAAUACAUCUCGAACAAUCUGAUCACACAUAUACUUGUUAAGAACAUUUAUAUAUAAAAAUAAAAGCCUUAGCCAUACGAAAAUUUAAACCCCAUAUGUUUAUUCAAAAACAGUUUGUUCUCACCUUAAACCUACCCUUGUAAUAUUAGCUUAUUAUCCAGAGUGAUGAGGUUUCAGAUUAUGUAUCUGCUUCAGGUCUGUGUUACUCGUAAGUUGUUCAGUGUAUACUCCGUUUCCUGAUUGAAUUUAAGCAUUUUGUUGAACUAUAUUGUUAAAUAAGUUUGGUGAUAUAUCAAGGAGAUGCUUAGACGUCUCAGAAUUUAAAUGCUGAGUAUUGCUAUUUAUAUGUAUAUUUCAAAGACUACAAACAUGGAUGGAGGUUUAUCAAUAUAGCAACAACCUUUAAUUGUAAUGAUUUUUGUUAGGAAUAAUCGAAGAUAGUUUUAAAAAAACAAUCAAGGUUUGAUCAGACUAAAGCAAUACCAUACACCAUUUUGUACUUACCUCACGACAAAUCAAAUGGUCUGAUUUAUAUUUUUUGUAGACCAUUUGUAAACGAUAGGAUAAAACACGUAUAUGGCUCGUUACGUGCGGCGUUAGAAACAGUUUUAUUAUAGUAUCGAUGUUGCGUGUUGAUAAAUGCAGGAUUAAGGGACUGAAAUGACAACAAGAAUGAGAGUAAGUGGUAGAGAAGAUUUGUGCAUAAUUUUGGUGGCGUUUGAUCCUCUGAGUUGGAUGGUUUGGUCGUGAAGCUUUCGUCAGCACAAACUCCAGGUUGAAGUGAAUUGUUCAAAUGACUCACAGCUUGUACUUCAGUUCUCGAUCUUGAUUGGCUCAUGUUGACCUUUAACCUGUUUACUUCUCUAUUUUGAUUGUAUCAUCCAUUGGUUUGAUUCUUGGUCCUAUAUUUGUCCACGAUUUUUGUGAUUGGUUAAUAAAUUAGAUCGAUUUCAAUGUGUUUAUUGAUCGCUGAUUGACCUGAGUCAGAAGGGGUUUGUGGAGAUUUUUAGAAAUUUUCACAGAUUGAAAUCAUGAGUCAGUUGAAGCUAGACCACCAUUGAAGACCUGGAAGCACUGGACGGCCGUUUCGUCCUAGUAUGGGACACCUCAGCAGUGCGCAUCCACGAUCUCGCACCACGCGGGGCUCGAACCCAGGACCUACUGGCUUCGCGCGCGAGCACUUAAACAUUAGACCACUGAGCCGGCAUCCAACGGUGUUAAUGUCUAACUUCAACCAAUCCACGAAGUUGCGCCUCCAUAUACUAUUGUCUUCAGUGAGCUGAUAUCUCACAACAGACCUGGUUGUACUCCACUGGUAACUGACCUGAGUACCAAGCUUCUAAUAUUCUCUGGCUUUUUUUUAGAAUCCCCUCUAUCCAAGAUCUCAACAUUUCUCCAGUCGAAUGUGUGUCCACAAUUUUUCACACGCAUUGAUAUAAGUGAGGAUAGGUCAAGGUUUUUGUGCGAGUGAUAGGAACGAAGCGCAUGAGAUAUGUAUAUGAUUUUAUUAUUAGUCAUUCUGUUACACAAAGGGUGACGAAGUCAAUUUAGAUGACUCAUUCAAUUUUGAUAUGUUAACAUUUAGUGAAGACCUCACCUGUUCAGUCCUGUGUCAUAGACAUUACAAAUAGAAAAAAAUACAACUAAGGUAUUCUAUACAAGCUUUCUCUUAAGCCACAUUUGUAUAAAUAGAUGCGGACAUUUAUUUUGUUAUGAUGUGAGUAAUACAUCGAUACUGAAAACCUUAGUCUAGUUGAGAAAUUAAUGGAAAUUUCGUUUGAGAUAUGUGAUGUCGACUGUUCACUUACGUUGAUGACGUAAUCACUUGACGUGGAUGCAUAUUAAAACAAAGUCUGAAAUUUAAAACAGUCCUUUUGAUAAGUUUCGAUAAUUCAAUGAGAAGACGAAAGUUAUCAGAAUUAUGUGAUAUAUUUGCGUAAUACAUUAUGAACCAUCUGAACACAUAUCUAAAUGGCUACAAAAACAAGUGAAUUCCAAUGGUCAAACCAAAUCACCGGAUAGACAAAUAUCUUUCUCCAUUGCGAAACAUUUGGUUGAAACCGGUCAUAAGGUUGAUAUCAAGUCAGCCUUUGUAGUUUUGUACUCAAGUUUCAAGGGCGUGUUCUAAGGCUUAUUGAAGCUUUGGCUAUACGAAAACUAAAACCCCCUUUAUAUGUUUAUAAACAAUUUAUUUUUACCCUUAACCUACCUUGGUAGUACUGAUUUAUCAUCCAAUGUGGUUUUCACAUUGAUUUUGUCUACUUUAUCAUUAUCUUUGUGUCCGCCUACCUUUUAUUGUUCAUAUAAAAUGUCUAUAUGUGUGAUCAGACUAUUCAAAAUGUAUAGUGAAAAUAUAUCACAUAAUUGUGAUAACCGUCGUCUUCUCAGUACAUUAUCGAAAGUCUAAAAUGAAGAUUUGUAGCUCAAGUGGGAUGUUCGUUGUUUGAGUCGCGUUCUUUGAGCAGGACGGCUUAAUUUCGAAGCUCUGGCUGUCAUCAGCUCGAACUUCAUGGAGAAUUCUCAUCAGCUGAUAUAAAUCAGUACCGUUAAUGUAUAAGAUUUCAUCCGAUCUCUUAUCAUUAUUGUUUACUUGUUUCUAUGAUUUUCAUUGUCGAAUACUUUCGCGUAUAUUUAUUACACUAUAAUUUAUAAAUAUACUCAAGAUUUACUUUGUUAAGAGAUAUUUUAAACUCUGCGUAUAACUUGAGUAUAUGGGCUGGGUGAUACAUGAAAAUAAUCAACUGUCAAGUAAUACAAGCUCUAACCACGUUUCUCUCAUCUUCGUAACCUUUUAGUGUAGUCUAUUUUCGUAGUUAUUGUAAGUGUGUCUUAACAAAAACGACUAAUAUUGCUUCAGGAUUGGUUUGCAUCAUCUUCUAGAUUGAUCAUAUGAAGUAAAUAAACGAGUUCAUUAACCACUUCGUUUAUCUAGGAAGUCUCAUUAGUCUUGGUGAGUGAGGGUCUUACGAAAUCUCAACACUGAAUGAAAAAUUACACUAGCUUAAACUGAUUCAUUGCAUGAUACUUAAAGAGAAAAGUUUAAUAUAAGUCAAACCGACUUAAAAGUCAAGCAUUGAACAAUUAUCCAAAGAGUUCUUUUUCUCUUGUUAGCUUUUUUCUAUCAUCUAUUUAGUUAAACUGGGUGAACUUUAAUAAAUAUAAAGCAUAUUCUAAGGGCAAGAUAAUAUGAGUGGUCAGCCACUAGAAUCCGUCUAUUUUUAUUUCAUAACUCAAGAAAUUUUCAAGACCAUGUUUAUAGCACUUAAGAUUGUUCAAUUAAAUUAAAUUGUUUCAAUGAAUUGAACAGCUUAUAACAAGGUACUAGAAAAAGUUGGUGCCAUUAAUAAUAAAAAUUAAUUGAUCAAGAGAUGAUCAGUUUGAUGGGAAUACUGAUUAAUUAAUCAGUCAAUCAAAGAGUUCACUAUGUAGUGUUCACUGUACUAUCCUUAGUCGACUGAGGUGGAUAAGAUAUAUGUGGUAUAGGUUAAAACACUGCCUAAUAUGUUGGAUUAUACUUAACAGUAUUGAAAAAACGUUGGCUGAACAGUUGAGGGGGGGACCCUGUGGCAUCUUCGUCUGGUCUUGCAGGCGUUGGUGUCGCACUAAGCGCUAGAGCUGAGGCAGCACUAGUCGAUUGGAUCCCCAUUAACAGUCGGUUAUGUGCUGUUAGAUUAGAAAGUUCCAUCAAAGUGAGAAGAAAUCGGCGUGAGAAACGAUGUCUUUUCGUCAUCUCCGCCUAUGCCCCGACAGAUUGCAGCCCGGAUGCAAUCAAGGACGAGUUUUACCACCAGUUAUCAGUUCUUCUCCAGAAAGUGCGUUCGACAGAUAUUGUAGUACUAGCCGGAGACUUGCAUGCUCAGGUCGGGCAUCUAGGCACAGAAGAGAGUCGUUUAGG